CCCAGCAAUAUAAAAAAAAAAACCUCCAUCAAAUUUAACUGGUUACGACCGCCUAACUCGUACAGCUCUUCACGAAUAGAACGACGGAAUGGGUUCCAUCAUUCUCCAAUCACCGGCGCUUAUAUCCCGAGCCUUCCUUUUCUUUGCAUUGUGCGCCUUGUGGGCUGGUCUGCCCUACCAGGUUCUUUCAAAGCAUGCAGGGGUCACCAGGCAUUACAAGUUUGAUAUUAAGCUUCAAAAUGUGACGAGAUUGUGCCAAACCAAGAGCAUUGUGACCGUCAAUGGCGAAUUUCCGGGGCCCCGCAUCAUAGCACGGGAAGGUGACAGGCUCCUCAUCAAAGUGGUUAACCAUGUCCAACACAACCUCACCAUCCACUGGCACGGAAUCAGGCAGCUGAGGAGCGGAUGGGCUGAUGGGCCAGCAUACAUAACGCAGUGCCCGAUCCAGACUGGCCAAUCCUACCUCUACAACUUUACAGUUUCCGGGCAGAGAGGGACGCUGUUCUGGCACGCUCACAUUUCAUGGUUAAGAGCAACUCUCUACGGACCCAUCGUGAUCCUCCCGAAGAAACAUGUCCCAUACCCAUUUCCUCAACCCUUCAAGGAAGUCCCCAUAGUCUUCGGGGAAUGGUGGAAAGCAGACACAGAGAAAAUAAUAAACCAAGCACUACAGAGUGGAGGAGCCCCAAACAUCUCUGAUGCUUACACCAUGAAUGGCCUCCCUGGACCCCUCCACAACUGCUCAGCCAAAGAUGUGUUCAAGCUCAGGGUAAAGCCCGGCAAGAGGUACCUCCUCCGUCUCAUCAAUGCUGCUCUCAAUGACGAGCUCUUCUUCCGCAUUGCAAACCACUCCCUCACCGUGGUCGAGACCGAUGCAGUCUACGUGAAGCCCUUUAAAACCGACACAGUGCUGAUCACCCCGGGGCAGACCACCAACGUCCUCCUUAAGGCCAUGCCACACGCCCCCAACGCCACCUUUGUGAUGGCAGCCCAGCCAUACGCCACAGGCCCAGCCGCCUUUGACAACACGACCGUCACUGGAUUCCUCAAGUACGAGCACCCAAAAUCCUCCAACCCGAAGGCCAAGAGCCCGAAGCUCCCUCUCCUCAGGCCCAAGCUCCCAAAGUUCAACGACACGGCAUAUUCAAUGAAGUUCAACCGCAAAAUCCGCAGCCUAGCCAAUGCGAAGUUCCCGGCAAAAGUGCCGCAAAAAGUGGACAGGAGGUUCUUCUUCUCAGUGGGCCUGGGCCUAAGCCCAUGCCAUGGGAAGCAGACCUGCAUAGGGCCCAAUAACACAAAGCUGGCAGCCUCAGUGAACAAUGUGUCCUUCGUCAUGCCCAACAAGGCCCUCCUUCAGGCCCACUUCUUCAACAAAUCAAAGGGGGUGUACACUACCGACUUCCCAUCGAACCCGCCAAUCAAAUUCAACUACACGGGCACGCCCCCCCAAAACAUCAUGGUGACAAGUGGCACCAAGGUGGUGGUGCUGCCGUUCAACACGAGCGUCGAGCUGGUGAUGCAGGACACAAGCAUAAUCGGGGCGGAGAGCCACCCGCUUCACCUCCAUGGGUUCAAUUUCUUUAUAAUGGCCCAGGGGAUCGGGAACUUCGACCCGAAGAAGGAUAGUGCUAAGUUCAACGUGGUGGACCCGGCAGAGAGGAAUACGAUCGGGGUGCCUUCUGGGGGUUGGGUUGUCAUCCGCUUCCUAGCAGACAAUCCCGGAGUAUGGUUCAUGCACUGUCACCUGGAGGUGCACACGAGCUGGGGACUGAAGAUGGCAUGGGUGGUGAUGGACGGAAAGGGCCGGAAGCAAAGACUUCCUCCCCCGCCCUCCGAUCUUCCCAAGUGCUGACGACUGGCUUCAUAAAAAUGUUCAUUUUUUGUGCUUGGUUGAUUCUUUAUUUUCUCUGGAAUUUUUUGUGUAAACAAUUUUGUAUUGAAAUUGAUUAGGCUCAGACACUAUUAAAGUUCAGAAUCGUUUAGUUAGCCGCCCUUCAUGGUCUUAACAUAAUUUUCAUGGUGGGAAGGUAUUAUUUUGGGUAGGGGGAUUUCUUCUCGAAUUAAUUCAAGGAAAAAAGACAAAAAAAAUUCCAUUGUAA